AUGGAGCUGAUGAAGCGCAUUUGUCCGGAUUCUCCAUAUGUGUGGAAUCAAGAGGGAGUUUCAGAGUGUUUCGACAAUUUAUAUCCUUUGAUUCGCUUGCUUGAUUUCAUAUCACUGUUCAACAUCCUUGGUCUCGGUGUGAACAUAGUGACUAUGGUUAUGAUUGCUGUACUCGGAAUCACGACAAGGCACCAGAAAGAACGUAGGAGGAUACACCUUUCAGCAAAGAUUUUAUUUUAUCUUCUACCUGCUCUUGGAUUAUGCUUCGCAUUCUUCGACGUGGCUGUGCUUAUAAGGAGAAGACUAAAUGCAUACCACGUUGCAUAUCAUGAAUGGUUAUUUAGUCUCUCACAGUUCUCAUUCUGGGCUAUAGUUAUCCUUGUAGCAAAGUCCGAAAAUCGGUUGGUUGUCAUGUGCAAUCGCAUCCUGUGUUUUUGGUGGAUUGCAAAAUUGUUUCUGCUGAUCCCUCGACUGCAAAUAGUUUUUUCUUCACCAGGGGUUUUAAGAUGGCUAAAGGAGAGCUGCGUGGCUAUUACUGACAUACUUUUUGGAAUUUUGAUAAACAUAAUCAGAAUAAAGUGGGCAGCUCAUGGAAGCAGUUCAAUGGAGGAGUCACUUCUCCCCUGCAAGAUGGAAGUUAAAGAAGAUUGUUGGACAGAUCUGGGAAUUGUUGGCAAUGUUUGGCAUAUCGUGACAUUUAAAUCCAUUGAUCCAGUGAUGCAACGAGGUAUGAAAAAGCAGCUUGACUUUGAAGAUUUGCUUCAGCUACCCUCGGAUAUGGAUCCCUCAUCCUGCCAUAACAUUCUACUAAGCUGUUGGAAUUCACAACGAACAAAUACUGCUGCCCAUCCUUCUUUAUUCAAGGCAAUAUAUUCAGCUUAUGGAUGGCCAUAUUUCUGCCUCGGUCUGUUGAAGGUUCUCAAUGACUGCCUUGGUUUUGCAGGACCGAUACUUCUCAAUAAGCUAAUUCAUUUUCUUCAACAAGGUUCCAGAGAAGCCAAUGGCUACUUUCUAGCAAUAUCCUUGGGCUUGAUAUCUGUUUUGAAAUCUUUCCUAGACACACAAUAUACUCUUCAUCUUUCAAAACUUAGGCUCAAGUUGAGAUCCAGUAUCUUGACUGUCAUCUAUCGGAAGUGUCUUUGUGUUAGCUUAGCGGAGAGAUCAACAUUUUCAGAAGGAGAAAUUCAAACAUUCAUGUCCGUUGAUGCUGAUCGAAUUGUAAACCUCUGCAAUAGUGUUCACGAUAUAUGGAGCUUGCCAUUGCAAAUAGGAAUUGCUCUGUAUUUACUCUAUCAACAAGUCAAGUUUGCCUUUUUAUCUGGGGUGGCAAUAAUUAUUUUGCUAAUACCAGUGAACAAAUGGAUCGCUAAUAGGAUUGCAAAUGCAACCAAAAAUAUGAUGGAGCAAAAGGAUGAAAGGAUUAGGAAAACAGCAGAACUUUUAACAUAUAUCCGCACUUUAAAAAUGUAUGGCUGGGAGCUUCUUUUCGCUAAAUGGUUGAUGAAGACAAGAUCCUCCGAAGUCGCAUAUUUAUCUACUAGGAAGUAUUUGGAUGCCUGGUGUGUUUUCUUUUGGGCAACAACACCCACUCUUUUCUCUCUGUUCACAUUUGGACUCUAUACAAUGUUGGGUCAUCAGCUUGAUGCAGCUACGGUUUUCACUUGCCUUGCUCUAUUCAACAAUUUAAUCUCCCCUCUAAACUCAUUCCCAUGGGUCAUUAAUGGUUUGAUUGAUGCCGCCAUAUCAACUAGACGGUUGAGCAAGUACCUCUGCUGUUAUGAAAUUGAAACUGGACCCAGUCUCUCAUUCCUGUCACAUUCGGAUGAAAAGUUGGAUUAUGAAGAUACUCCUGUUGUUCUUCGUGAUGCAUCUUGUACAUGGUCAAGCAGUAACGAGGAGGAGUUUGAUCUGGUCUUGAAACACAUAAAUCUUUGCGUUCCUAAGGGCUUUCUGGUUGCGGUAAUUGGAGAGGUUGGAUCGGGUAAAUCGUCUCUCUUAAACUUGAUUCUCCGGGAAAUGAGACUCGUCAAUGGAUCAAUUUACUCAAGUGGAACCACAGCAUAUGUUCCACAGGUCCCUUGGAUUCUGUCGGGAACUAUCCGUGACAAUAUUUUGUUUGGCAAGGACUAUGAUCAGAAAAGAUACUCAGAAAUAUUACAGGCAUGCGCUCUGGAUCUUGAUAUUUCCCUAAUGAUGGGAGGCGACAUGGCUUGUAUUGGAGAGAAAGGAGUCAAUUUAUCUGGAGGACAGAGAGCUCGUCUUGCGCUUGCCAGAGCUAUCUACCAGGGCUCAAACAUAUACUUGCUUGAUGAUGUUCUAAGUGCCGUUGAUGCACAUGUUGCUUGCUCAAUUCUACAAAAUGCUAUUCUUGGUACUCUUUUAAACCAGAAGACACGCAUUCUCUGCACACAUAACAUUCAGGCAAUAUCUUUGGCCGAUAUGGUGGUUGUGAUGGAUAAAGGACGUAUGAAGUGCAUAGGAAGUCCAUCUGACCCUUCUGUUGCUUCCUACAUAUCGUUUUUAUCAGUAAAUGACUUUAACACAUUUUCUGAGGAAGGCAAGAAAGAAAAAAUAUCAAAUGUUAUUAAAGAAACCCUUGAGAAAGACCUAGAUGAUGAUUGUAUAAGCUCUUCCAGCCAAGCCCAAGACAUCAUUGAGGUUGAGACAAGAAAAGACGGUAGAGUCGAACCAACUGUGUACAAAAAUUAUGCUGCAUUUUCUGGUUGGUUCAUUACAAUUCUGACAUGUCUCUCCGCAAUUCUAAUGCAAGCAUCUCGUAAUGGAAAUGAUCUGUGGCUAUCAUUCUGGGUUGAUACAACUGGAAGCAACCAAAAAAAGUACUCAACUACCUUUUAUCUGGUCAUACUCUGCGUGUUUUGUUUAGUGAAUUCCUCCUUGACUUUGGUGAGGGCAUUUGCAUUUGCAUUUGGUGGUCUACGGGCUGCUGUUCGGAUGCACGAUAAAUUAGUACAGAUUCUUAUCAAUGCACCGGUUAGUUUCUUUGAUCAGACCCCAAGUGGAAGGAUACUAAACAGAUUGUCCUCAGAUCUUUAUACAAUAGAUGAUUCUCUUCCUUUCAUACUCAACAUUCUCCUGGCAAAUUUUGUUGGCCUCUUGGGAAUUGCUGUAGUUUUGUCGUAUGUGCAGGUCGUGUUUAUGCUGCUUUUAUUGCCUUUUUGGUAUAUAUACAGAAAAUUGCAGUUUUACUACAGAUCAACGUCUCGGGAAUUGCGAAGACUGGACAGUGUUUCUCGUUCACCUAUUUAUGCAUCAUUUACCGAGACAUUAAAUGGUUCACCAACUAUUAGAGCUUUCAAGUCUCUGGACCACUUCUUCUCUAGGUUCACUCAGCAUAUGCAAUUAUAUCAGCGGACUUCUUACACAGAGAUCUUUGCAAGUUUAUGGCUUUCCCUUCGUCUUCAGUUGUUGGCAGCAUGUAUCGUAUCAUUUGUUGCUGUGAUGGCUAUUGUUGGCUCUCAUGGACUUCUCCCUGUCAGUUUGGGCACUCCAGGGCUGGUCGGGCUAGCCCUUUCUUAUGCUUCCCCGAUUGUAUCCUUUUUGGGUAGCUUCUUGACUAGCUUCACUGAAACAGAGAAGGAGAUGGUUUCUGUCGAGAGGGUUCUUCAGUACAUGGACAUUCCUCAAGAAGAACUGAUGGGAGAAAAUCCAUUAGACCCAACUUGGCCAUUGCACGGUGAGAUCCAGUUUCAGAAUGUAACUCUCAGAUAUAUGCCAUCUUUUCCCCCCGCACUACGUGAUGUGUCUUUCACUAUUGCUGGAGGAACUCAGGUUGGAAUCGUGGGAAGAACUGGUGCUGGAAAAUCAAGCAUUCUGAAUGCUGUAUUCCGUCUCAAUCCAAUUUGUGGUGGACGUAUUAUAGUGGAUGGUAUAAACAUUGCUGGAGUUCCUGUCAGAGAUCUCCGUUCUCGUAUUGCUGUUGUUCCCCAGAGCCCAUUCUUGUUUGAAGGAUCAUUAAGGGCAAAUUUGGAUCCAUUCCAGGUAACUAAUGAUGAAAAGAUCUGGAACAUCCUGGAAAAAUGCUGUGUUAGGGAAGAAGUAGAAGCAGCUGGAGGACUUGACACUCAUGUACAAGAAUCUGGAACCUCUUUUUCAGUUGGGCAACGACAACUCCUUUGCCUUGCACGUGCUCUUCUCAAGUCUUCUAAGGUACUCUUCUUGGAUGAGUGCACUGCCAAUGUAGACUCUCAAACAGCUUCUAAACUACAGAAAGUAAUAUUUACCGAAUGCCGAAGCACAACUGUUAUCACAAUUGCUCAUCGCAUUUCCACAGUUCUGAUCAUGGACGAUAUUCUUAUUUUGGAUCAAGGGACACUGGUUGAACAAGGAAAUCCACAUAUACUUCUGCACAACGAGUCCUCCAGAUUCUCGAGUUUUGCCAGGGCUUCAACAAUGUAA